UCGUCGUGGAUGAGAACAGCAGCAGCAAGGGUUGAAUAGCCAGCACCAGUAGCAUCAUCCCUGAUGGGCAGCACCAGCAGCAGUGUCAGCAGCAACGGCGGCAACAGCAGCAGCAACAGCAGCAGCAGCAGCCAGUGCUAUAGAAGUACUGCCAAACGAUACGCUCCCCGCCCGUUCUCCGCGCACACCUGUGAUUGGCAGGUGACAGUCUCCGCCUGUUUUGAAAUCUAUUGUGUUUAUCGGGCAAAAAAAUAGGAGAAACUCAGAGCCUUUUUCAACUAAUGAUCAGUUAGUUAUUAAGUUUAUCAUUGGUAGACUACAUGUUGAAACGUCAUAAAAGGCGCCAGUAGUUGGCAGCAAAUAGGGUUCAAUUGACUCCACCUGAACCGCGACUGCUCUGUUUUCAUUGUUUAGGGAACAUUGUGCUUUUCCCGCGCUUUUUUCACCAUUAGACUUUUCGACGGCACUCUCCCUGGCUUGCGUUAGCGUCUUACUGAAGUGGAUGUAGCCGAUCAUGGGAGACAAGGGAACUUUAUUACCAGCUCUGUUUACCAUGCUAUUAGCUCUGGUGGCGGGGACCAAGGAGGAUAGAGCCGCUAAUAAGACGCUUCGACAUUCACCGAUGACCACUACCACUGCCACCACGGCUAGCACCCGUAUUGGUGCCCGGGGUAACAAUGCAAGCAUGGUUGGGCUCUCGGAGCCGGCUACUACGUCACAACCGGAGCACGUACACGCACCAAACUAUAUUUACCAUGGUGGUGUUUUGAUUGACUAUAAUGUUUUUUACAACAUGACCUACGGUCAAAAUACAAGCAUCGAACCUACAUGGAGUUCACCUUAUAGAGAUGAUAUUCAAAUGGGCUGCAAGGAGCUGCGGUCAAAGAAAUAUAUUUCUGAUGGAUCUUGUACGUCAAUAAAGCCAGUGAUGGAAAUGAUAUGUACUGGUUAUUGUUUACCGAUAGAUAAAUUGCCUUGGUACGCAGAAUAUGUUAAAUAUUGGUCUCGAACAAAAAUUCUGGAAUGGCGGUGUGUUGAAGAACGCAUUCGUCGGAAAGAAGUACCUCUUUUGUGCAAUGAUGGACAAAUAAAAUAUUAUAACAUUAAAGUUGUUAAAAGUUGCACUUGUAAACGUUAUCAUCCGAAUGAGAACAGAUCUGAUUAUAAAAUAAAAUAUAAGACAUCGAGAAAAUCGAGAAGACAUCGAAAGCGCGGCAGACGCACAAAAAGCCGUAAAAACCGAAAAAAUAAGACUUUAAGAAAAACUAACUGAGCUUUGGAAGCAGUUGUAUAUGUGUUAAAUGUGAAAGGAGAAGAAUGGUAAACAGCUAAGGGUUGUGACUGACCCUUAAAAGUGUAAAAACUGAAUGGUAUGAUUUAAGACAUCAAGAACCAUUAUAGAUUGAACAAACUGUGUUGUUUUCGUCUUAUCCUCAUUGCAGUCAUUCAGAUUGGAAACCUACGUUCUAAAGACUUUAACAUGAUAUGACGACAACAUCGUUCAAUUCACAGAGAAAAAUGGUAGAUACAAAGAAAGCAAUGCUAAGUGAUAUAAUUCUCCUGAAAUAUAGCUCCCCUAAAGCCUGUCUGGCGCCAAGAGUUCUUCAUGACGUGGAUGUUCGGUAGGAGGCAACCAGCUGACAGCGUCUGACCAUUGACACCAAUCUGUUCCAAACUUUCAGAUUUGGAGACAGAAUUUUGUUGGUUUUUUUUUUUUUAAUUUCCUUUUAUUCUCUUGAAGGAACAAUGUAAAUACCAGAAGACUAUUUUUAUCACAAAAACAUUGACCAAGCAUUCGUCAAAGGCUUUAUCUAAGCUUAAGUUUGCUUUGUCAGCUAGAACAAUAUGUACAUAUAUUCUAUAUUGUGUGUUUGCGCGCGUAUCUGUACAAGUAUGGGUGUAUAUGCCUGUUUGAAUGCGAAAAGGUGAUAUAACUUACACAUUUGACUGGUUAUAAUCCAGGUUCGAUCUAUAGUCAUGGCACUAACAAUUCUCCAGCGCCAAAUUUCUACUUUCCUCUAUAAAGUUUAUCUACAAGAUUUAGAAUAAAAUUAUUACCCUUCAUCGUAUCUUACUAGUAAGAAUCUUUGUUUUGAGCUACAUAUUGCAUUUAGAAGCACUAGAAACUCUUAGUUACCGAAGUGUCUACGCUGAAUAAUGUUAGCUGAACACAGCUGGUAUAUUCUAAUUUAAUCUACAUUAAGAUCAACUGUAUCAGAAUUAAAAUGAAACCUGAACUUAAUAUUAGUUCAUAUUUAAUUCAUUAACCUGCAUUUGCUGCGGUUACAGACAGAUACCUGGAAUAGAUGGUAAAAUAAGGACAAAGAGAGUAUCGUCUUUUAAAAUGCAAUUAAUAUUCUUUUCGACACAGUUCUACAUCUAGUUGACACUUAGCAAGACUGAUAAACUAAUAUCAAACGAGAAAUCAAUACAAAAGUAUGUUUACACAAAGUGUAAAAUGGCUAGUAGAAAAAAAGAAUGAAGUUUAUGUAAUAUCCUUUCAUCUAUCCCGAAUUCUAUUCACUGAAGCUCUAAAUUACACAUCACAUCCGUCGUUUUCUAUUACAUACUUUUACUUCACAGAUAGUUCAUCCAUUAUGAAACCAUAUUACAUAUUUCUCCACACAAGUAUCCACUGCACUUUACACACAGUUAACUAUCAACUUACGAAGCCUACUUUUAUUAUAAGACUCUAUUCUUUUAACACAUACAAAUUCCAAAAUACCAGCUAGGCUUUUAACUUCAAAGCUCAAUUAAAUGUAUAAAUUUCUGAGAUGAGUUCUUGUUAUAUAAUUUAACUUCAUCUUUAAGGAUGAAAGCAAUUUUUAAUAUCUACUUCUACAGUACGUUUUGGUCGCUUUGAUCUCCGAGCAAAACGUUGUGGAGAUCUAAAUAUUUGUUUUGUUUUUCGUUUCUUUUUUAAUACUAAUCUCUAAAGAUGAAGUUAAUGGUCCGAAAAAUUAUAACCUUAAUUAAGGCCCAACUUUAAAUUUUCCAGAUCAUAAUAUAAACGGUAAUCAUCUCUAAUGCCAAACAAUACAUUUUUAACUUUAUCUCUAAGUAAAUAUAUUUCAAAUAAUUCGCAAUGUUUCAUUCAAAUAAAAACUAGAUUAUUUAUUUCCGCUAUUGUUAAAAUCUGUACAUUUUCAGCUACCUUUAACAAAUAACUUCCCUAUUUUUACUCUGCCAUUAAAAGCUUGGUGCUUUUUUUAUCUUUAAAAGUUUAGAUGCUUUCUCCAGUUGUCGAAUAACAAUUUCUGUAGUUUUUCAAAACCAAAAUCUUUCAUUAUUAUUAUUAUUUUUUUUUUUUACAUAACUUUGAAAAUAUAAAUUAUACGCUUUCUCUGUCAAUAAUAUCUAACUUUCAUGCCUUCCUCAGAUCUUGAAACCUAAGUGUCAUGCUUUUUCUAAGUAUUUGAAAUCUAACCUAUAUAAUUAUUGCUGUACUUACAGUCUUCCUGUAAUAUUUCUUUAUACUUGCCGUCUAAGUUAUACGUUUCAUUCCGUCUUUGAUGUCCACGUUAUAUGUUUUCUUGUGUUCUUGUAGUUAACGUUCUGUGUUUAUUACUGUUUGUGCAGUCAAUCAAACAUGUUUUAUUUUGUUCUUGAAAACUAAGUUAUAUGAAUUGUCUCAUUCGAAACAGAAAAUGAAGCUAUUUUGUAAAAACCUAUGUUGAGAAUAAAAUUACUGUAAUGUUCGCUGAAUAUUAUUGUAAAUGGAAA